CUUUGGAGACAUGUGGAAGACGAGAAGAUGGUGAAUUGUAUAUGUUACCUUCGUUAAUUGAUCUCUUGUAAUUUAACGAGAUAAGUUUAGAAAUGAAACUUUUAUUUUGUUUUGAUUUUUAACUUGGUAUUAUAACUCUAGUCACAGCAGUCUAACAAAUUGCAAUUUUCAAAAUAAAAAAUAUCGCCAAUUUCCAUGAAUCAACAGCAUAGCAGUGGCACAGCCACAAGAACUUUGCCGUUUUACUCGGUGUUGUUCCACGUGAAAUAUGAACACCUUCUAGCUGGUGUGAGUGGUGGAGUUGCAUCAACAUUAGUUCUUCACCCACUGGAACUAUUAAAAAUUCGUUUUGCUGUUAAUGAUGGUCAUUUAAAGAGUAGACCUCAAUACAAAGGGCUUGUUCAUGCCGUUUCAACAAUCCUGAAAGAAGAAGGUGCCCGAGGAUUGUAUCGUGGAGUCACACCAAAUUGCUGGGGUGCUGGAACAGCAUGGGGCUUUUACUUUUUCCUCUAUAAUGCCAUCAAAGCAUGGAUGUUAGAAGGAACUUCGAAAACCAAUCUCGGACCUGGUAGACACAUGUUGGCUGCAGCAGAAGCAGGUAUUCUUACUUUAGCUAUCACCAACCCAGUUUGGGUAGUCAAAACUCGCAUGUGUCUUCAGUAUGCAAACUUGGAGACCCUUUCACCUUCAAAACGUUAUUCUGGGAUGAUAGAUGCUUUAGUGAAAAUUUAUCGUUAUGAGGGUUUUCGAGGCUUUUACAAGGGUUUUAUUCCUGGUGUGUUUGGGGUUUCUCAUGGAGCUCUACAAUUUAUGGCAUAUGAAGAAAUGAAGAAGUUGUAUAUUAACCACUAUAACCUCAUUCCUGAUGCAAAACUGGGGGUCCUGGAAUACCUGACCUUUGCUGCUGCCUCCAAGUUAUUUGCUGCCUCAACAACCUAUCCAUACCAAGUAAUACGAGCACGAUUACAGGACCAACAUAAAGAGUACAAUGGUGUUGUUGAUGUACUGAAAAAAACGUGGAGAUUUGAAGGAACUCGAGGUUUUUACAAGGGACUUCUACCAAGCUUAUUGAGAGUUACGCCUGCAACUGCUAUUACUUUUGUUGUUUAUGAAAAUGUCUCUCGGUUUCUUCUACAUAAGAAAUAGAUUAACAUAAAACUUGGUAGUUUGAAUAUAAGAAAAAGCUUCUAGAAUUGUUUCUGCACUUUUAUAAUCAAACUACAUGUUAUUGAGCUUUAUUGUAUACAUUUUCUCGGUUUUAUUUUUGAGUUGAAACUCAGAAGAGAUUUCCAAAAAUUGUCUCACUUUUGAUACAGUUGUAUCUUUUGUAUUUAUCAUCCUUCAAGAUGCAUGUAUUUUGUUAUUCAAACUUACCUAAUCAUAGUUUAAGGUGUUAGGUGAAACAAUUUGUGAAAGUUUCCGGUGAAUUUAAUUUUGUAUUGUUAGUUCUGUAUGAUGGACAUGGAACUAUUUCAUUGUCUUUCUAAUAAUUCUCAAGUUGAUUGAAAUUUUAAGGUUGUAUACUUUAUAGAAACAGAUAUAAAAUGGAUUGUGUAUAACUAUCCUUAAAGUAUUAAAAAUUACUGUUAAAGUUAUUUUAAAUGAUACUGAAAUUCAAACACUUGGAACAUUAUCAAAACAUUUAACAAAAGAUAAUUUUAUUGUUUGUUAUUAUCUUCACUCAAUUUAAGGAAGAGAAAUAACUAAAUGUUUUUUCUUAAUAAAAAGACCUUUCUAAUAAGUUUAAAAACUGACAGUGUGCAUAAACCUUUAAACUUAUUUUCGUUUUUCAGUACCACAUUAAACUCUCAGUUUUAUAUGCAGAAAGUGAUAGAAAUAAACAAAAAGUCCUUGUGAAAAUUUAAUUGAAAAUAAGCCUUUUUAAUUUAACAGAAGUUUCCAUUUGUAAAAGUGUAAAAUUAUAUUACAGUAAACUAAACUAUAAUUACAAAGGAAAGAAAAAGGUAACAGAAAGGCUGAUACACCUCAUUGUAAUAGUUAAGAUUCCUAAAAGUCUUGUCCAAACAUUUUACAUUGCUUGUUCAUUGUAAAUUUCCUACUCACAAAUGAAUCCAGAGAAAAAGCAAAUUCAACAUAUAUUUAUGAUUAAAAUUAUGUAUAGAUGUUCUUGGCUGUAACAAUAUUUUACUGUCAUUUAUUGAGGGCUAAUUGCAUUUUAUAAAAAAUGAUGUUCCAUGCCUUAUGCAGGCUUUGAAAGUACUACCUCCAUUGUUGAUCAUAAUGGGUCUUAUUUGUGAUUAUGCAAUAUAUCCUGUCACCAUAAUUUCCAGAUUUCUGCAAAAAAUGUUAUUUUCCUGAUGAGUUUACACAGGCCCUUCACUGUACACUGAAAUUACUCCUAAGACAGAUGAAAGGCACAAACAUCCAUCAACACUGCACUGGGAAGAUUUUACAGGUAUGUGAUCAGUUUCUUUGGCUGUUUUUCUCAUAAAACAGCUUUUGAUUUCAAGAUGUGAAUGGAACCUUGUGAACUUCUUGACUCGUAAGGUUUUAUCAUCUUCAAAUUCUUGUAUUUUGUACUGAAAGAUAUGUGUAGCUUUCUUGCAGUAGUUUUUAUUAAUCGGAAGAAUCUUUUUCCCAUCCACAGCAAUUGCUUUAUGAAUAAGAGCAUUACUUCACAUUGAGUUGGUGUUUGUUUUCAAAGCCUUUUGCUUCCUUAGAUACUCUGCAAGGUUUUCUGCUUUCAUGAAGGACAUUGAAGACUCCUAUCUUUAAAGUGUUGUUUAACAUUCUUGCUUUAUGAACACUCUUCCACGGAAAGGGUUGUGAAAUGUAUCCAGCUGUAUGCACCUGUCACAGUGUUGCAUUAAUGAAUGGUCUGAUUCUGUUGUGAACCAAAUGUAAACGUGCUAAGCACAUUGCACUUGUCACCGUGGCUUGCAUCUGCAGAAAAGACCACUGCAUUUACAUAUUUAAGUCAUUCUUAUAUUGUGUGGUUAAUUGGGCCAUUGUUUACCAGAAAUUUCCAAAAUUAACACAGCUUUCUAAAAAAUUAUCCUAAAUUUCUGAGAUAAAUGUUUGAUUUUAAUGGGAGUUUCUUAAAUGUCGUGAAUUUUUUAAACUUCAAUUUUAAAAAAAUAGAGCAACAUAAAUUAUUAUGAAACUAAGAUUAAGUUUUCUCUGUGUCCAUUUGUGCAAGUGCAACUAUGCAUGUGUUGAAAUUUGUUUAGUUUCUCCAUUUUUAUGAAGAUACUAUUAUAAGCUUAUGUUAAAGAAUUUUCAAAAAAGAUGUGUCCCUGUAGUUGGAGGUAAUUUAUUCUGUUCUGUCUGUUUAUCACAUUAUAAGACCAUUUCAUUUAAAUGCUCUAGAAGACUAAAAAAGUGCCAGUGAAGCAAUGAUUAACAGUGGCUGCAUAGCAAAAUGAAAAUACACUUAACAGUAAUGGUUUUAUAUAUUAAUAUUGUUUUCAAUAGUUAGAUUUACUAAUAUCAGGUAGGCUUAUAUUCAGAAUUUCUGAAAGUUAAAGUUGUGGUAAUUUGUUUUUCCAGAAAACACUGGCCCUAGUUAUUAACUUUUUAUGUUACUUUUAAACUAUGAAAAUCUUUAUUUCUAAAGUCUAUUGUGUAAUCUAAAAUCUAAGCACUGGUAAUAGAUAUAUAUUAAAUCUUUGCAAUAUUUUUUAAUAAAUGUUACUGUUAAGCCUGACUAAAGUUAUAUAAAAGGUAAAAAAACUAAUUUAAAAAUUUCUAUUUACAUAUAAUUUAAUAUUAGCAACAUUAUGUUAUGCUGUUUACUCCUGGCUAAUUUCACAUACAUUUGUCUAACGAUGAGAUUUUACAAAACUUGUCUGGACAUUAUGGAGUCAUGAUGUGUAUGUGUGUGAGUAAAACAUCCUAGAGAGUUUUAAGUUUUGAAAUGUAAAUGAUUUGAAGUAGUAUAUGAUUGAGAGCUUCUCAAAACAUUAUAUAAAUUAAAAACUGAAUGGUUUGGAGGACAUAUCAGGAUACUUAGAUAUACCUAAAUGAAUUAUUGAGUGUACAAAAUGAUUAUGUGGUUGUGUUUUACCAUCAUUAUUUGAUGUAAGAAAUGUGUCAUGUACUUGUGACUCUCAAACAGUAUCAUCCUUUUGUAAACGAACUCGUAUAAGCUGUUAUGAACCACGCUUACAUGUGUGUAAGAUGUUAAAAAACACUGUCUUCUGAGACAAUAACUCUCCUCCUCACACACAUCAGCUAUCUUCUUCACACAUCUACUAAAGAGAUAUGCAUACCACUAUCCUUGAGAUAACUCCCACCUAAUUUCAUGUGAAUUGUGGCACUGCAUGAUGACAUCGUCAUGCAAUAUAGCCCACCAGUAAUUAGAAGGCAAUAUGUCUCCCUGUAUACCAACUCCCCCGAUACAUUUGCACUGUGAAUCUUCAUUAUUUUCCUUGACACUA